AUGGCUCCUUCCACGACUAAAACUACGGUUUGUGAAGUUUCUCCGGAGUUGAGCUAUAGAACAGAGAUGGUUUCCUUAGCAGGAUCCGGAGUUUUUUGAGCUCAAUCAAGAAGGAGAAGCUUCUAGUUUUUUUUUUUCAAUUUGCUGCACUUUCUGCUCAGGAGUCCAUCGUUCUUAGUUCCUUUUUUAAUAUAUAUAUCACCUCGUUUUCUUUUGAAGGUCAAAAAGAAUGCUGAAAACAUUAACUCACGCUUGUCCAUGGUUAUGAAAACCGGAAAGUAUGUUUUGGGAUAUAAACAAACUCUCAAGUCGUUGUUAAACGGAAAAGCAAAGCUCGUUCUUCUCGCCAACAACACUCCCCCGUUGAGGUAAAAAUUACUGCAUUUAAAGCUAAUUUGACGCUUUAUAAAACGGUUUACUCGUUGAGAAACACGAGUCGAAACGCGGCAUGUUUCCACUGCAGGAUUGGUUAGCUCAGUUCAUUUGACUAAAGAAAAAAUAUAUUGGAAAUUUUCCAUAAAAGACAGCCGUUCAAUCUCGAUGUAGUGGACCGCUGCGUUCUGGUUCGAACCUUUAGGCCAUGGAAAAAAAUUUUUGCUGCGAGUGCCAAAUCAACUUUGAAAAACUGCAUAUUUUGAAAGAAAAUUUUGAUUAUAGAUCCAGAAAGUCUGAAAUCGAGUAUUACGCCAUGUUGGCCAAGACUGGAGUUCAUCACUACAAUGGCAACAACAUUGAGCUCGGUACUGCUUGCGGUCGUUUGUUCCGAGUUUGCACGCUUGCUGUCACCGAGGCUGGUGAUUCAGACAUCAUCAGGAGCGUCCCUGCCGACAGCGCAUAG